GUGAGGGUCCUGGUCGUACAUGGAGGAUGACAGAAAAGGCCAAUGGCGUGAAGAGCUCCCCAGCCAACCACAACCAUCACGCACCUCCCACCAUCAAGGCCAACGGCAAAGAUGACCACAGGACUAGCAGCAGGCCACAGUCUGCAGCCGACGAUGACACGUCUUCAGAACUACAGAGGCUGGCAGAGCUGGAUGCUCCCCAGCGGGGGCGGGGUGGCUUCCGCAGGAUCGUCCGCCUGCUGGGCGUCAUCAGGGACUGGGCCAACAAGAACUUCCGCGAAGAGGAGCCUCGACCCGACUCGUUCCUCGAGCGUUUCCGUGGGCCUGAGCUCCAGACCGUGACGACGCAGCAAGGAGAUGGCAAAGGCGACAAGGACGGCGAGGGCAAGGCCACCAAGAAGAAAUUUGAACUCUUCGUCCUGGACCCAGCUGGGGACUGGUACUAUCGCUGGCUGUUUGUCAUUGCUCUGCCUGUCCUCUACAACUGGUGCCUACUGGUGGCCAGAGCCUGCUUCAGUGACCUGCAGAAGGGUUACUACAUAGCGUGGCUGGUGCUGGACUACUUCUCGGAUGUGGUCUACAUCAUAGACCUCCUCAUCCGACUGCGCACAGGUUUUUUGGAGCAGGGGCUGCUGGUCAGAGAUCCCAAGAAGUUACGGGACAACUACAUCCAUACCCUUCAGUUCAAGCUGGAUGUGGCUUCCAUCAUCCCCACAGACCUGAUCUAUUUUGCUGUGGGCAUCCACAGUCCUGAGGUGCGCUUCAACCGCCUGCUACACUUUGCCCGCAUGUUUGAGUUCUUUGACCGCACUGAGACACGCACCAGCUAUCCCAACAUCUUCCGCAUCAGCAACCUGGUCCUCUACAUCUUGGUCAUCAUCCACUGGAAUGCCUGCAUCUACUAUGCCAUCUCCAAGUCCAUUGGCUUUGGGGUUGAUACCUGGGUUUACCCCAACAUCACCGACCCUGAGUAUGGCUACCUGGCUAGGGAAUACAUCUAUUGCCUUUACUGGUCUACACUGACCCUCACCACCAUUGGGGAGACGCCGCCCCCUGUCAAGGAUGAGGAGUACCUAUUUGUCAUCUUUGAUUUCCUAAUUGGUGUCCUCAUCUUUGCCACCAUCGUGGGAAACGUGGGCUCCAUGAUCUCCAACAUGAAUGCCACCCGGGCUGAGUUCCAGGCCAAGAUUGAUGCCGUCAAACAUUACAUGCAGUUCCGAAAGGUCAGCAAGGAGAUGGAAGCCAAGGUCAUUAGGUGGUUUGACUACCUGUGGACCAAUAAGAAGAGUGUGGAUGAGCGGGAAGUUCUCAAGAACCUGCCGGCCAAGCUGAGAGCAGAGAUAGCCAUCAAUGUCCACCUGUCCACACUCAAGAAAGUGCGCAUCUUCCAGGACUGUGAGGCUGGUCUGCUGGUGGAGCUGGUAUUAAAGCUCCGUCCUCAGGUCUUCAGCCCUGGAGAUUACAUCUGCCGCAAGGGGGAUAUUGGGAAGGAGAUGUACAUAAUCAAGGAGGGGAAACUGGCAGUGGUUGCUGAUGAUGGUGUCACUCAGUAUGCCCUGCUCUCAGCUGGCAGUUGCUUUGGAGAGAUCAGCAUCCUUAACAUCAAGGGCAGCAAAAUGGGCAAUCGACGUACAGCCAAUAUCCGCAGCCUUGGUUACUCAGAUCUCUUCUGCUUGUCCAAGGACGACCUUAUGGAAGCUGUCACUGAGUACCCGGAUGCCAAGAAGGUCCUGGAGGAGAGGGGCCGGGAGAUCCUGAUGAAGGAGGGGCUGCUGGAUGAGAACGAGGUGGCAGCCAGCAUGGAGGUGAAUGUGCAGGAGAAGCUAGAACAGCUGGAGACCAACAUGGAGACCUUGUACACGCGCUUUGCCCGCCUGCUGGCCGAGUACACGGGGGCCCAGCAGAAGCUCAAGCAGCGCAUCACAGUUUUGGAAACCAAGAUGAAACAGAAUAAUGAGGACGACUACCUGUCAGAUGGGAUGAACAGCCCCGAGCCAGCUUCUGCUGAGAACCCAUAACGGCUUGGGCCCCACUGCCUCUCCAGCCUUGGCCUUGACCCCAGGAGCUAGAAGAGCUGUGUAGGUCCCCACAUAUAUAUGCAUUCCCUCACAUCCCCUUGAAUUCUUCCAGAAGCCUUUUUGUCCACAGGUUUUGGCUCAAUCACCCAGAAGCCCUUCUCCAAGUCCAGCUGACAGGCAAUUUUGUGCACAGUGCAGGCCGUGUUUGGCUUGGCUUCCAGAAGCUUCAGCCAGUCCAAGUCUGAGGAAAGAAGAGGGGAGAAGCUGAACUGUUUUAAGGGAUUUGUCCUGAAGAAGCCCAUCUGUAGGAGGGUGGGCACCCUGAGGCUCCCAUCACUGCAGGCUCCUUUGCACCUAGCCACUUGUCACUUGGUUCUGGCCCUCGCUCUUCUGUUAUGUGUCUGAACACCUCCAUGUCCCCGCUCGUGUAUGUAGUUCAAGCACCGGCUCAGACGUUUAGCACAGGCCCCCAGUGCCUGUCUCCCCAGGCAGGCAGAGGGUGUGGAGGGGGGCGGGUCGGGGGGCACUUACUCAGUGCCACUUCUCCCUGUCAGGCACCCUGAGGCCUGCUCUGUUGAUCUGUCUGUCUGUCUGCCAACCAGGAGUGGGACCCCUUCAGUCUGCAGGGGACCAGGGAGUGAGGAUCCAGCAGUCAGCUAGCAGGCAAGGUCACCUGGGAGCUCUGACCACCAGCCCUCUCUGCAGAGCAUCUCUGAAGAGGCCCCGAGGGGCCGGUGG